AUGUCUCCUUCUCACGAAAUCACGAGUACCAGGAGAAGAGGACACCGGUGGCGAAGAAUGCCAACUAUCCCUCUCUAUGGCUCUUCUUCACAGCAGCGUCACUCCGAGAAUAUACCGCUGGAUGCCGAUCACCCAACACAGACGGCCACUUUGCCGGCUUCCACCUCUGAAGAUACAACAGUCCGUCAACUUGAAGCGAGCAUGAAAAGGUUCGAGCAACAAGCAGGCGAACUAAAACAUGAAAUCAGCAUGCUCACUCAGACGGUGGAUACUGGCUUAAAGCGCUUCGACCAAAAGCUGCAGGAAUGGGUAUCGAAGUUGCAAGCGGUCAUUGAACGGGACGCGAAGAGUGGCCAGCAGGACUUUUAUGAUCCUACACUUGUUGGCAUGGAGCCUUCCGAUUUCGUACUUGAGUAG